AUGGUAACGGCCCUGGAUGAUGUCACGGUAUCGUGUAUCAAAUGCACGCAUGGCGCUUUGGACUUCUCGGAUACGCUGUUUGCCAAAGACCGAGCCGAUUGUUAUGGCAAUGCUCUUCAGAUGGCAUGCGCCGAAGGGUUCUACUGCAUUGCUCAGAGACUCAUUCUGGACGGCGCAGAUGUCAAUGACCAAGGUGGAUGGUACGGCAACGCCUUGCAGGCUGCCUGA